UGUUAGGCACAAACGCUGAAAACAAACGGAGGUUUCAGAUAGCUACGUCUACAUUUUAAAAGAAAGUUAAUUAACGUUAAGUGCACAAACGAGCAGGACUAUCCGAAUAGACAAAACAUUGCAGAGACGUUUGUUUGUUUACUAAUCAGCUAUCCGAAAAGCUUUUGUGGUUUACUGUAGUAAUGUCUAGCGCUCUUUUAUCAGAGGUGGGCUGGGAUGAGGGUUUUGCUAUCCCAGUUGCCAAUGCAGAGAAUAAAGCUUUGGAAGAUGAGCUUCAGAAGAAACAAAAGGAAAAGAUGCUCGUCGACAAUAAGCUUUGUGAAUGCAAAGACAGGAUACAAGCCAUGGCAGAACACCUGAAAAAUGUUAGGCAAGAGUUAACUCAAACUCAGGCACUAUGCAAGGCAAGGGAGAGGGAGACAGAGUCAGAGAUGCAUUUCAAAGCGCUGGCUGAACGAGAGAUGGGUCGUCUGCGGCAGGAGAUGUCACAGCUGGAAGAUGAGCUUGGAGCUCUGCGAGAGAAAAAGAACUCGCAGGAGAACAGCAUCUUCAAGGUUUCUCAGAAGCUGGAGGAGCUGAAGAGCCAGCUGAACUGGGACCAGCAGACCCUGGAUGCCUGGCUGGAGGAGUCAGCGCGUAAAGACGAGGACACUAUGGCCAUCAUCAAGUAUGCCCAGCAGGAUGAGAGCAGGAUACGGGAGCUUACUUUGGCCAUUGAGAAGAAGACUGUUGAGGCCAAUCAGAAACGCAAGGCUCUGGACAACGAACUGACUGAGACCAUGUCAGCACAGAUUGGACUGGAUAAGACAGCUGAGAACUUCCGCCAGGCCCACUUGGAGAGACAGGACCUCAUACGCCAGUGGGAGAACAGCAUCGAGCAGAUGAAGAAAAGGGACACAGAGAUGCAGCAGUGUGCAAUGCUGCUAACCCAAGUCAAUCAAGAUAUCAGAGAGAGGAAUGGUGUGAUCCAAGAGAAGAAGACCUUUUUGGAGAGAGAGAUAGAGAACAACAGGGAGUAUGAGAAAAAGAUAACCAUGGCAGAGAGGCAGGCAGCCAAACUCAGACAGGAUUUCCAGGAGCACGAGAGGAACCGCAUCAGACUGGUGGAUGAGCUGGACAGUCUCCGGGGCAUGGUGGAUCGCUCAGCCACGGAAGUAGAAUCAAUGAGGUCACAGCUGGCCAACGUGAGAAAAGAGAUUCAGGUCAAAGCGAAGAAAGUGAAGGCGGACAAGCUCCAUAACUUGGCCCUGGAGGAGAAGCUGAGGGCCGUGACGGAAACAGCCCUCACGGUGGAGGAGAGAGCCGCCCAGAUGGACCAGAUGGUGAAGGAGGAGGAGCAAGCCAUCAAAGAGGUGGACGCUGAGCUGCACCGCGAGCGGCAGGUGCUGUUCCGGAAGAGCCAGGAGCUGCAGGCCCUGAGGCUGCGGGAGAAGGAUGCUGUGGCCCAGCUAUCUGGGAGCAGGGCCGUCCUCGCCUCCCUGGACACACGCCUCACCAGGCUGGACCAGGACUCCCUCAAACAGCAGAAAAUCAUCUACAACCAGGACUUCCAGAUCAAGCUGCUGGAGAGGAAGAUGUCUCGUCUUAAAGGAGACGUGAACACGGAGGAGAAGCAGGCCCUGGAGCUCAAGACCAGCCAGCUGGCCCAGACCCUGGAGGAGAAGAGGAGGACGGCCGGCCUGCUCACCACCCAGCUGAAGAAGCUCCAGGAUGACAUUCGCUGUGUGAAGAAAGAGACGGAGAAGACCGGAGCCGAGAAUCGAAACAUGACCACCAAGAUCGAAGAGCUCAACCUGUUUAAUGACACCACUGACAAGGAGCUGAAGAAACUGAGGCUCAAGAAGCAGGACACCAUGGUGGAGGACAACAUCAUGAAGCUGGAGAUCAAGCGGCUGAGGGACCUUCUGUACGACAAGGCCGACGGCGUGCUGUCUCUGGAGAAGAGGAGGCUGCAGCUGCGCACGGCCAUGCAGGAGAGGGAGGAGGAGAUCCGGGUCCACAGGGAGAUGCUCUGCAAGCAGGUUAAGAUCACUGACCAGGAGCGUCAAGGCCUCAGCGCCGAGGUGCACGAGAGACUGUCCAAGAUUGACAAGAUGAGGACCCGCUACGAGAUCAUGACCAUCACCAUGGCGGCUCCCGAGGGGGAGGAGGAGAAGUCCCAGGCCUACUAUGUCAUCAAGGCCGCCCAGGAGAAGGAGGAGCUCCAGCGCGAAGGAGACGACCUGGACGCCAAAAUCCGCAAGAUGGAGAAAGAGAUCCGAGCUCUGGAGAACACGCUGCACGUCGUCAACAACCACAACAGCACUUUUCGCAAAUCCUUCACCAAAGUCACAGAGUCCAGUGAGGAGCACCAGGAGAAGCUGAGGCUGGAGGAACAGAAGAGGGCCGUUGAGGAGAAGUACAAGUUCAAGAGGCGCCAGAUCCGGGAGCUCCAGGAGGACGUCCAGAGCAUGAAAGACACCCUGGACCGCCUGCUAGAGGAAGAGGGCGAGGAGGACAAUAGGACAGAGGAGACUCAGUCACGGAUCCUAUCCAUCAACAGAGAACUUGUUUCCCAGCAGGAAAAACUGGACCGAGUUACAAAAACGUGUUCUAAACUGACCAAAGAGAUCCGGUCAGCCAGAAAAAGUAGGGAGGAGACAUUUGAGGAGAAGGACAUUGCACUGAGGGAGCUGAAGGACUUCAACAGGUCCAUCAACAAGAUGCUGCUGGAGAUCAUGGAGGAACAUCCUGACAUCAGAUCUGCUCUACAGCUGUACUUUGUUCAGGCUCACCUGCCCCUUCCCUCACCUGCCUCCACCCCAGUCAGUCGCCAUAGCUCUAAGACCAGCUCUGCUCGUAGCUCGGCUUCCCUCAGGUCGGCGGGGUCAUCAACAAGCAGCAGCCCCAGGGCAUCUGGGCUGCGGUCUCCCCCGACCAAGACCCUGGAGCUGGGCCUGGGACUGUCCGUGACGUCCCCCCCUUUGAUCACCUCUCCACGGCCCCUCAGCUCUGCCAGCAGCAGCACUAGCAGCAGCAGCAGCCGCAAGCACCGCAAGAGCCCUUAGGACAAGCCCCAUGACACACACACACACACCAUAGGCCAGCAUCAACGAUACACACAUGUCAUCAAUUAACUGCCUCGUGCACAAGGGAUGUUGCAGCCAGUAGAAGUAGUCACUUUUGAACACCUUGGACAAAGGGCCCUUUUAGUUUAUUAAUUUUCACGAAUUGAUGCAUAAAACUCAAUCAUUUGCAGUUAAGUGAAAAUAAAUGUAUGCAAUUGAAAUUAUAUUCUCAUCCUUUUCUUACAUUCUCCAACUGUUAUAUCUGAAUUGGUCCUAAUAAACCAAAAUCAUGGCUGUUAUUUACAGGCCUUAAGACCUGUUCACUGAACCUUUAGCUUUGAAAACAUUCCUAUUGUUAAUGCAAGGAAGUGGAUUAUGCUACACUUAUUAUGGUGUUUUAUCAUUAUAAAUGGGAUAUGUUUCAGUGUUUAGAAAUAAAGCCUGCAUUUGACAUGCGUUUUGAAUCUGUAUGGCCAAAGCAUACAUUUUCUAUUUUGACAGAGAAACUGUCUUUCAAAAAUUGACAAAAACAUCUCCUGAAACAAUGUAGGGUGAAUGUGGGUAAUCUGGGACAUUGGGUAAUCUGGGACAUUGGGUAAUGUGGGACAUUGGGUAAUCUGGGACAUUGGGUAAUGUGGGACAUUGGGUAAUGUGGGACAUUGGGUAAUGUGGGACACCUGAACCCCAGAGUUUUUUCCUUCCUCCAUGACAAUGUCUAGUCCACAAAAAUGUUCCCUAGGUUUAGCAUGGAUGUUAUGUGAUUAAAAUCACAAAACGUGAUUGGUGUGGUGUCACAGAAAGGGACACUAGUUAAUCAGGAAGCUCCGAUGAGAAAAUGCAUGCAAGAAAUGUCCCAGAUUACCCAAAUUCACAGCUGUAGUUUAUUUCUGCAGAAAUAUCGAGAAAGUAUAGUUGGUUAUUGUUUGCUUGAGAAAGAUAUUUAGUCUGAUGCCACAGUCAAUGACGAUGUCAGUAGUUCAAUCAUUAGUUGGGUAAUCUUAAAAAAAAAAAAAAAGAGAAACGAGUUUCUGAGAGAUGUUAGAGUGGGGGAAAGACUAAGCAGUAGUCAUGCUGUUAUUUUAUCAUAGUACUGUAUUCCUUCAUGUUAUAAUCAUUGUUCAUGUUUGGAUAGUUGUUGCCAAAUGCACAAGCUCUUCUCCUGCCUGGCCCCCCAAUGGUGGAACCAGCUCCCCACCUCCAUCAGGGACACUGACUGUCUCCCCACCUUCAAGAAAAGGCUCAAGACGCACUUGUUCCGGGAGUACAACGGCACUUAGGAAUGCUUGAUUGACCUGACCUGAACUGACCUGAUGUCAGUUUCCUCCAGGAUCACAAUGACUCUUAUUGAGAGACAUGUUGCUCUUGUAGGUAGGCUAUUAAUGAAGGUGACUUCCUCGUACGGAACCAAGUAGGCAAACCAGGACAGUGAAACAACAGCCCCGUUCACUGACGAUGAUGUUCCAACAGGACCGACACGGCAACAUUAUGCUGCUAUUCAUAUUGGCGGCAUGUUUCACAUUGUCAGCGGGACAAACAACGGGAUCCCAAAUACCCACACCAUCCUCACCAGCACCAGCUUCAGUGGAAAGAGCAUUAAUUAUUGCGGUGACAACUUGGCAGUCUCAUCAAGAACUGAAUGAAACUACGAUUUCUCCAUUAGUGCAACAGCUCCAGGCACUACUACUCAAGUUACAACCACAGCUGGAUAUUCAGCUGACACUGAGGAAGAUACAGAAAGUGUGACAGUGUGUCUAAAUAAUUCAAGACACAACUUUUCACAUUUAUUUCUACAACCUAUUACUCAUAGUUGAAUUAUAUUGCAUAGACUGAUAGACUUGAUAGACUAUCGCAACGUGCCACUCAUUGAAAUAAUACAUGAAUGGUGGUAUUCUUUUCUUAAUAUUUGACUUGAGAGUUUCUAUGUUAAAAAGGGUAUUGUAGUCUGUGUCUAUGAGUGGGUAACAAGUAAAUCAAACUAUACUGUAUACACAUUUGUAACUGAAUCCCAUGGCCUGGUUCUGGGCUUGGUUGUCUGUGUCUGUAGAUGACUCAUACUCAUUGUUUCCCUUCUGCUGUAUGGCUUACUUCUGGAACCACUCUUUCACUUUUUUUUCCAAUAAAUAGAAGUUAUAACAUUAACCUGUUUGACAUGAUUACGAUGGAUUGAUGACAAAGUACAAGCUAAAGUGUUGGUGUCAAAAGUCUAUUUAUUUAACUGGAAAUAAGCUUUCCUUCCAUCAUGAAAAGGACUUUAAAAGGUCUCAGCAGUGAGACGAGGGUGCAUAGAUGUUGUAAACAAGGUGUUCGGGUUUCAUUAAAGCACUAAGGAUAAUAGCAAUAGAAGCGUCAAUGCCUGUAAUAGUAAAGCUAGAAUCUGCAAUCACGUGACCCUAACCUGGAAACAGUAUCUACAUCAAAUAAAGUGAAUGUGGUCACUAAA